AUGUUAAUAGGGGAUGAACCAAAUAGCAUUAAACCAACAGCAAUUAUAAAGAAAACAAAUUCAACUUUAUAUAAGGAAUUAUUUAUCAAAGAUAUUAGGCUAAACCUAGUAUUGGGUGAUAGUGGUUCGGCUGUGCUUUCAUAUUCACCAGAUUUGCGCGCAGUGAGUUUAAGUGAUAUACUUUCUGGAGGUGAUAAUCAAGUGACAACUGUU